CCCCUUUGAGUUUGUUUCUACGGGCAGACCUUACUGGCACACACUGUCUAUGCUCUGUGUUUAAAGAGCAAAGAAUUAUCUCAGGAAAAAGAUACGCAAAACAAAAAAGGAACUUUGCCUGUCGAAGAGUGGGACAGGAACUCAAGGAAAAUAAAUACCUUUUUCCAUUCUGAGAGGAAAAUAACGUGUGAUGGCAACAAAAAUGACACUUUCCAUUGUUUGGAUGUUUAUGCUCACAUGGCAUUGUCCAGUCAUUUCCUACCGAAAAAUUCAACAUGGGAUGAAAGAUCCAGAGAUCAGGAGGGACCACGCGGAGCAGGACUACUAUCGUGAUGCCAGGAGUACAGAGUGUCGCCGGUGCUGUGACCCAGGAGAGUAUGCCAGCCAGGACUACCCACAGUACCGGAUUGUACCUCAGAUCAACAUUACCUUAUUGAAAGGUGAGAAAGGUGAGGUUGGUGAAAGGGGAGCUUAUGGUAAACCAGGCAGAACAGGUCAAAUGGGCCCACCAGGUUCUAGUGGCACGAAAGGAAGCAAAGGUCGCAUGGGUGUUCCAGGGGAGCCCUGCAAGUCCUCCUUUGCAGCCUUCUCUGUGGCCCGCAAGAAGGGUAUCCACUCCAACCACUAUUACCAGACACUGACAUUUGACACAGAGAUAGUAAAUCUUUAUGGACACUUCAACAUGUUUUCAGGUAAGUUUUAUUGCUAUGUGCCGGGGAUCUACUACUUCAGUCUGAAUGUGCACACAUGGAACCAAAAGGAGACUUACCUUCACGUGAUGCACAAUGAAAAGGAGGUUGUGGUCCUCUACGCGCAACCCAGUGAUCGCUCCAUCAUGCAAAGCCAAAGUCUGAUGUUGGAACUUGAAAGCGGUGACCAGGUCUGGGUCAGACUCUACAAAGGAGAACGUGAGAAUGCCAUCUUCAGUGACGAAAUUGACAUUUACAUAAUAUUCAACGGGCAUCUGAUUAAACACAAAGAUGAGCUGUAGAUUGCACAAUGGCCUAGUUUUAAUGGUAAUAUAGUAUUAAUGGCAAUGGUUCAAUGGUAUAAUAUUACUAGAAAAUUGGUUUGGAACUUGUUCAGUUGAUCAUCAUUAUUGCUCUAGAAUUUUUAUAUAUAUGCAGUGGUGGUACAUAAGUAUAUCUGUUUUAACUUAAACUUUACAGUAAAUAGGUUGAUAUGUGGCACGGUGACUGGUUAGAGCGUCAGCCUCACAGUUCUGAGGACCCGGGUUCAAUCCCCGGCCCCACCUGUGUGGAGUUUGCAUGUUCUCCCCGUGCCUGCGUGGGUUUUCUCCGGGCACUCCGGUUUCCUCCCACAUCCCAAAAACAUGCAUUGAUUGGGGACUCUAAAUUGCCCGUAGGCAUGAUUGUGAGUGCGAAUGGUUGUUUGUUUCUAUGUGCCCUGCGAUUGGCUGGCAACCAGUUCAGGGUGUACCCCGCCUCCUGCCCGAUGACAGCUGGGAUAGGCUCCAGCACGCCCGCGACCCUAGUGAGGAGAAGCGGCUCAGAAAAUGGAUGGAUGGAUGAAGGUUGAUAUGUUCGAUGCAGUCAGUCAACCUCUAUUUGGUACACAUUUUGGCUUCUGCAGAUGACCUUAUGAACCAAAAUAUAAUUUUUUUUGGUUUGUUGGACUAAACAAAGGCUGGGAUGCUUAUACAAAUAAACUUGAGACUAAACUGAACUGAAACAUAUUACAAUACUUUGUUACAUUGGGUCAAUUCAUAUAAUGAAAUUUUAAUAGCUUUACUUUUGGUACAUGUGCUUCAUAACAUACUGUUCACAUAUGCACUGUACAGAGCGAGGCAUAACAGAAGAUUAUGGUGUAGCCCAACUAACAUGCAAAUCAACAAUUAAAAUCAGUGUAAAUAUUAGUCCAAUAGUCAAGUGCCAGAAAAUGUUUUGUGAUUUAGACAAAAACCUUUUAAUGAAUGGCAAGCUUUGCAAGUUGUGCAUUGUUAGAUAUUUCAGAGGGUUUUACAGUAAAUUACUGGCAACGGAGUUGCCAGUAAGUUACUUUAAACUUGAAUUUACAGUAACAUACUGGAAACACUGUUGCGUUGCCAGUAAGUUAUCCCUCAUCGUUCCUCCCUGUUUAAUAAUUUAUUCUUUGGUCCAUGUCCCAUUAGCUCUCAAAGUUGAAUAAUAACAAACAAAUAAACUGUUUCUAUAAUAACUUCCUUGGUGGAGGCAAUAGGGUGACAAUUAACUCUUAUUUUUUCGGCAGAUUUAUUUACAGUAUAUAGUCAAUUUCAUACAAGGAUGUAAUUCAAUAUGCUUUACACAGAGCUAAAUAAGGCAAAUAACAUAAAUAUAUACAAUUACAUCAAGUAAGAUAAACAAACACAAGUGUGCUAAAAUGAAGAAAUAAAACAACACUUUCUCGAAUUUGAGCCAGUAUGAGAGCUGUUUCAUAUACAGCACUAUAAUCAACAAUCACAAUAAUAAAGACAUUCAAAGAUUUAUAACUCUUUGACAAUGUCAGUCCAAACUGACUGGGAAGUUUUGCAUCACCAGUAAUGAAUAUAAUACUGUAACUAAAUAAUGACCAGUAAGUGUUCUAUAUGUUUAUAAUACAUUGUUGUCCAAAACAUUUAUACAUGUAUAAAUGUACAAAACUCUGUUAUUGUAAGGGAACGCUUUCUAUCCAUAUGCCUUUCUUAUUAAAAAUGAAAAAUAUA